AAUAAUAAUGGAGCGGGUCGAGAGUAAAUGUCCGUAUCAUUUCUCCGUCAAAUUUCUUCUCUUCUUUUUCGACACUGGAGAAAACCCUAAUUUGCAGUUGUAGACGAAAUUCUCUGCCAUCGCCAAUGGCGUCUUCUUCGACUGAGCCUUCUCUGCCCAAAGAAAUACGGAACUGGCUUGAAUUGCCCCGCGACGUGACGGCGUCGAUUCUUUCUCGUCUGGGCACCAUCGAAACCAUGAAGAGUGGUCAGAUGGUUUGCAAGUCGUGGUUUGAUAUCUGCAAGGACCCUCUCAUGUGGCGAAUCAUUGACAUGCGGAACAGAGGCGAUCGUGAUUUGGGCUUCGACUUGGAAAAGAUGUGCCGCAACGUUGUUGACCGGAGUUGUGGCCAACUCGUCGAUAUCAACAUCGAGCACUUUGGAGACGAUGAACUACUUCAGCAUAUCACUGCUAGUUCAAGUCGGAUCAAACGCCUUCGAUUUGCUUGUUGGUAUUAUGUUUCAGAUGAGGGAUUGGUUGAAGCUAUUGAAAAGCUUCCACUGUUGGAGGAGCUUGAUCUGACACAUUGCAAAUUCUCGGAAGGUUUUAUUGAAGCAUUGGGGCGCAGUUGCCCUCAUUUUAAAACAUUGAAAUUGAACACUCAAGCAUAUAAAUUCUCAGACAUGGAUCCUGAUGAGGAGCAUGAUUUUAAUAUGGAUGUGAUUGCCAUUGGUAAAAACUUGCCAGGAUUACGUCACCUGCAGCUUAUUGGAAGCUGGAUGACUAACAUGGGCUUGGAAGCCAUUCUUGAUGGUUGUCGUAAUCUCGAGUCACUUGACCUGCGCCGAUGUCUCAAUAUUAAUUUAAAAGGAAGUUUGGGGAAAAGAUGUGCUGAGCAGAUUAAGCUUUUACGUCUACCUUAUGAUUCACUCAAGGACUAUGGAUAUAUUGCUGAUCCUGAUCCGGGUUUUUUUGGGGAAGACGAAGAUUUUCCCUUUUCUGAUCAUGAGUACUUUUUUGGUGAUCAUCUUGAACUUGAAGACGACAUUUAUGAUCACUAUGAUUAUGCAUACUCAAGUGAGGACUUCGACUAUGAUGAUUUUACGGCAUUUAAUGAAUUUGUGUCCUUUAAAGAUGAUUAUGAUUUUUUUUAAAACUUAUCAUCAUAUGUAGGAUGACAAAGUAAGGAUUAAUGUGUAGAGAAGAAGAAUCCAUGUUUUGCUCUUCAUUCUGGCCAGUUUAUCUAUAUAUUGUACAUUUGAAAGAAAUUUAGGGAGUACGGUUUUUCUUUUUGUAGUGCCAACUUAAGAUUGGCAAAAUCUCUCUCUUUUUUUCGAAAUGAAAGAUUGGUGUACACUGCUAUAUUUUCAAAGCAGUUUGUCUCUACUCGCAUAUAAAGGAGGGUAAGGUUGAUUGUGAUUUU